GCGCAGCGCAGCCCAGUCCCCGCUCAGCGCUCGGACAGCGCAGAGCCGGGAGCCGCCUGCCCAGCGGAGCCGAGCCCCGGCCGGGAGGAGCAUGUGAGCGCCCGGAGGGACCUUCCGCGCCUGCCCGGCUCCAGCAUGCGGCUCCCUCUGCUGCUGGGGCUGCUCCUCUGCCGAGCCGGAGGCCUCCUUGCUCUGCCAAGAGACUGCAUAGCAGCUGAGAAGAUUUGCCUGAUGGACCCUGCCUGCAAUGCCACCUACCAGGCUCUGGAAAACUGCUCCCUUGAUAAGACACGUUUCCUCCUGCUGAGUCCUGAUGCCAGAGCAAGGUGCCGGGAUGCAAAGCUAGACCUCAGAAGCAGCCCUUUACUGCAUUGCAAGUGUCACCGCCGCAUGAGGAGACAGAAGCACUGCCUGCGCAUCUACUGGACUGUUCACUCCAGCUUCACACAUGGUUAUUUCAAUUUGGAGACUUCUCCUUAUGAGGAUCCAGCAAAUGAAGAACCCUGGAAGAUUGACUACAACAAGCUGGCAGCUUUGGUUUCAGGUUCACAUCUAGCAGGGGACAGCGGAAAUGCCUGCCUGAAAGCAACUCACUUCUGCAGCCUGAAUAAGAAAUGUGUCCAUCUGCGCACAUAUUAUGCCUCCGGCUGCACCAAUGGGGCAGAGUCUGGAGGCACCUGUGACCAGCGUAAGUGCCACAAAAGGCUACGACAGUUCUUUGAGAAGGUCCCUGAGGAUUUCACCAGGAGGCUCCUGUUCUGUCCAUGUCAAGAUGAGCUCUGUGGGGAGCGACGCCGGAAAACCAUUGUCCCUGAGUGCUCCUUCCAAGACAGCAUCAAACCCAACUGCCUCCUUCUCUUGGACUCCUGUAUCAAAGACCAUAUCUGCAAAUCCCGACUGGCUGAUUUUCAACAGAACUGUCAGCCUGCAGGCUUGUCCCCAGAUGGCUGUUCUCAGCACAACCAUGCUGCGUGCCUGAAGGCUUACAUGGGGAUGAUUGGUACAGCCAUGACACCAAACUAUGUUGGUAACUCCAGCACGAAGGUUUCGCUAUGGUGUACCUGCGAGAACAGUGGCAACCAGCAGGAGGAGUGUGACCAGAUACGCAGCAUGUUCGUUAGCAACAAAUUCCUCAAAAAUACAAUUCAGUCUCAGAUGCAUCUGAGCCAGGCAACUCUGGAGGGGCAGGAAGGAUUGUUUUACAUGCCUUCCCUGAGCUUCCAGGGGGACAGCACCAACACUUCUCUUGCUUCAGAAAUGUGCCAGGUCACCGAGACCAAGACAUGGCCAGACAUCUCUGAAUACAACAGCAUGCUCAUGGCCUCCUCGGUGUAUUCUGGAGCUGGGGUUUCCUGGCCCCCAAUGGCCCUGCUGCUCUUGUUGCUCCUGCUCAGCCCACCUUAACUUGACACAACAGGCAUUUGUCCCUUCCACAUAAUUCUCCUCACUCUGCACCCAGAUAUUGACCUACUAACUCACCCUUCGGGAACUGAAGACCUCCAGAGAAGAGGAACUGAAUAGUCUCACCCCAGAACAGGAAGGCCUGCAUCCUUCUCCUAGGAGUGAGUCAUUUCACUCAGCUCCUUCGGCAGUUAGAACUGCAGGGGCUGGUUCUCCAACACUAUCUUCUCCCCCCCUCCUAGCACUGCAAGAGGAAGAGUAGCCCACUGGGAGACUUUAGGGCACUAUUUUGUUUGUUUGUAAACACAAAGCUAGUCAAAAUUCUGUCCAAACAGCGUUUGCCUUUUGAAUGAAGGAGAAGGAGAGGCUCCUGCAGGACACUCCUCCACCUGGCCAAUUGGUGCUUUUCCUCUAGAGCAGAAAGCACCAGACUGGUGCCCCAGGGGGCAGAGACCUACCUCUAUGGUAUCCUGAGAGCAGGGCAGGGCAGGGCAAACUGACCCAGACACUCUGUAAAUACCAGCUCUGGGUUCUGGUCAGGAUCCUUUUGAUCAUUUUUCAAAUCCAUUAUUUUAAGCCUGUAAAAGAAAACCGCCCCAAAGCCAAAGCAAAGAAGCUGGGCUCUGGCCUCUGCUCUUGUUUCUUGUCCCUUUCAGCCAUCCAUAUCUUCCACUCUUAGUGCUAGCAAGAGAUGUAGCCUUGGAUUUCAGCUCGAUUUCUUCACUCAGUCCCAUUAAACCUUGUCCAGCAUUCCAUGACACUGCCUGGCUAGGCCACGCUUUUCUAGGACUUCUAGGAGAAAGCAUGCAGGCUUGUUCAGCUGUACCCACCACAGCUCCCUAGGGACAUACUGUGCUGAUUUGCAGUGCAGAGACCUCAGACAGCUGCAGUGACCUAGUGUCCUUUCACAUACCCCUUUGCCCCCUCCACAGUCUCCCUCCUCUCUGUCAGGUUCCAUUUUAUGACCUAUUUAUUCUGGGUGUAAACAUGUGUGUUGUGUAACUACUAUUCUGUUGCGCUGCAGUGGCCUGUAAAAAUGUGGUGUUCAAGUGAAUAUUGAUUUCUGAGUGCAGGUUAAUAGUCCACAAUCAAUUGUAUGAAAGAACUGCCUUAUCAGAGAAGCUUAUGUUUUCAGGAGAGCUGGCAGACCAACUCGGAGCAGCUCCUCUGCACACAGGUGGUGUGUGGCUUUGGAAGAAACAAUGAAGCUGGGCAAAUGUUAUGCUCCUGGAAUGGAUGUGCAGCUGUCAGAUGUCUCUACUGAUCCCUGUGUUCCAUUCCUUCCUGUCCCUCAGGAAGGGAAUCAUUGUGUUGUGUCACUUGCCAGAUGCCUGAAUACCACAGCAUCCCUCAUCUCUGGAUGCAGGGCCACCCAGGAUUCAGGGGGCCUGAGGCAAAGCAAUUUUGGGAGCCCCUUCCAUAAAAAAAGUUGCAAUACUAUAGAAUACUAUAUUCUCAUGGAGGCCCCUGCGGGGCCAGGGGCAAACUGCCCCACUUCGCCCCCCCCUCCCCCCCCGCCCGGCCCUGUAGGAUGCACAAAUUACGUCUCUCCACUGCACCUCUGAACGGUCCUUCAGUAGUGGUAAUAUUUCCACUUUGAAUCCCAGUCUUCUCUGUGCCCACUCACUGAGGCAUUACUUUUUCCUGCUGCUGCAAGAAGCAGGGACACCACACUGCCCAGCAGAGGGGCUGCACCUAAUUUCCAUACAGUGGAGAAGGUCACAGCCACUGCCAUCAUUAACAGAGAGGGCUGAUCUACAGAUGACAAGAUGUCCCACUAGCACUGGCACCUGGCUGCUUGGAUCAAGAGGGAGCAUGGACCCCCAUGUGCUUCCUACACCUCCAUUAUCAAGCUGAGGAAGGCCAUGUUAUAGGAUUCCCUGGGCUCCAUUUGGCCAUGCACUGGUUGGACACUGACAUGCUGGGGCUGGCAGUUCCCUGGAAACUUCCUUAUUACAGUAUAGCAGGAGUUGCCAUCUCCAAAGAUUGGUGGUGGGAGGAGAAGAGGUUGCUGUCCCAGUGCCCCACAGCAUGCAUAAAACAGAUGCCAGGAGUUCAGAGGAAUGUGGGGCUAGCAAGCCCCUAUGCAAUGUUCCCUGAGUACUCUGUAUCCUCUUUUCCAGCCCCUACAUGAUGUGUUCCCCAUAGUAGCCAUCCCCCUCUCUCCUCAGCAUUAUGGACUGGACCCUCAAAGAUAUUUAGGUACCUAAAUCAAUGGGAGUUAGGUACCUAAAUCCCUUUUUGGAUCUAGACCUAUAUGCUUUCCCAAAUUCCACUUCCCUGCUAUCUCCGAUGCACAGUGCUCUCACAAAGGCAGGUGUUUGGUUUGAUCUGGGCAGCUUAGAGCCAACACUAUAAACAGAGUUGUCAUUUUGUUUGUUAUAUACAGUGUGCCACUGGGACUCUAGCCUUCCAUCUCCAAUGGCUGGCUCACUGAUUGAGACUGCAAACUCAUGUCCUGAACAUCCAGGACCAAUGCUUGGCUCAUACUGGGGCAGGUGCUUCAAAGUUAAAUAAAUCCUGCUUUAAUCAAAAA